CAAUGGGACGGCACCCUAACAACAACUACGGAUCAGCUGAUAUUUAUUUAUUUGGUUUUAGCAGUUUGAACGUUAAUAUUUAUUCUUUAGUUUAUGAACGUAUAUUUUAUAAUAUCAAGUAUAAUUUUUAUUAGAUAGGAAACGUAACAUGUUUUCCAUUACUUUGGUGAAUAUCGAUAGUUAUCAAGUGUCUCCAAUACCCGAGCUCGAUGUAACAUUCUCAGAAUUUCGUGGUUCGGAAAUAAAAAAAGUGCCGGUAAUUAGGAUAUUCGGGUCAACCUCUACCGGUAAAAAGACAUGUUUGCAUGUUCAUGGUGUGUUCCCGUACAUGUAUGUACCAUGCACAGUUCAGGAAAAUACGGAUAGCUUUGCCUAUCAACUGGCUGCGUCUAUUGAUUCUGCCUUGAAUACAUCAUUUGGUUCUACAUUAUCUACUAACCAACAUGUCUAUAAAAUUCAACGAGUAUCUGGAAUACCUUUCUAUGGCUAUCAUAAGAAAAAACAUUUGUUUUUUAAGAUAUAUUUUUAUAAUCCUGCUAUAAUUAAAAGAACAGCAGAUUUGUUACAGAAUGGUGUUGUCCUCAAUCAACAUUUCCAAUCAUAUGAGACACAUAUUCCAUAUAUUCUACAGUUUAUGAUUGAUUACAAUCUCUAUGGAAUGAAUUUGAUAAAUUUGAGUAAUAUAAGAUAUAGAUGUUCCACAGAAGAUAGUCAAAACAAAGAUUUAGCGGAUAGCUUGGACUCACAAAUGUACUUGCCUGCAUAUAUUGCGAGGCAAAGCAUGUGCGAGUUAGAAGUAGAUACACAUGCUUCAAACAUUCUGAACAGGCAGAAUAUUAACGAUAAGAUAGAACUAAAUCCUGGUCUUGCUGCAAUUUGGGAGGAAGAGAAAGCAAGAAGAGCAGCAGUUGGUUUAGAAAAUGUAAAGUCACAAUUAUUAUAUCCUAAAACACCCAAUAAGAUUAUUCUUCCUCCAACCAGCAAUGAUAUUUAUCAAGAGGGCCUAUUGUUAAAAAAAUUGAGCGCUAUAUCACAAAGCAAUGAAACAGUUCUCUCGGAUACAAACGUGUUUUCAUACCCUGUUGAAGUAGGAAACGAUGAACGUGUCUUGAAUACUUCUCUUGUUCUAAGCCAUAGUGAAUCUUUUAUAUCUGAAGAAAACAUUGAAAGGAAAACUUCUAAUGACAAUCAAUUGUUGCGUUCAAACUCAGAAUUAGAAACGAAUCAGAGUCAAAAUCCUAUAACAGACAGCUUUUUGGAUGCAGAUGAUAUAAAAUUAAUGGAAAUGUUAGCUGACUUAGCAGAGGAAAAUGAUGCCACGAGCAAUGUGGACAAUGAUAGUGUCCUCGGUUCUCAAUAUUCUAUAUUGAGCAAUCCAGCUCAAAAUGACCCAGAAAAAGAAGAAGAGGAGGAGGUCGAAGAUUUAAAUAUCACGAGUUUAGACUUAGACAGUGUAAGUUCUUGGGAUUUUGCACAUAAAAGAUCCAAUCAACAUGGGGAUACGGUGAUGGCUGAACAUGACGAAAAUAAUCGUGUAUCUUCGGAUGAUGUAGAUGUUACGGAAGGAAAUUGCGCAGACGUCACGUUUAUUAAUCUUCCACAAUUAGACGGAGUUGAUGAUCUCUGUAUAAAUGUAUUAGAACACAAAAAGAAAAUUGUAAAUUGUCCAACUAAUGUAGCAUGUUGCACUGCAAUUCUGCCCAAAGAUAUGAAGCGCAACUCCUGUGAGAAAUUUACAAUACCGAAUAUUGACGGAGCUAUUGCAAGUGAUUCCAGCGAUUCUGAAUUCGAAGUUGAUGUUACUAUCGAUAGACAAGAGAAACGUAUAUGUGUUUAUAAGUCUAGCGAAAAGGAUACGGCUCAGAUUACACCGAAGAAAAAAAGACUUAGCAACGAUGACAAUUCUGAAUCGCCUAAUAAACGGAGAAAUACAAGCGCGAGAACACCCAAGAGAAAAUUCUACAAUUCCCCAAGCAAAAUGUGUCGAAGUCCAUCGCGCAACUACGCGCCCCUCGACAUUACUAUUACGUCUCCGAAAACUAGUAAAAGUCCUAUUGGACAUCGUGAAUCACCGAAAGAGAAACAAUACGUGCCAAUAUCUGAUAUUCCUUCCACUUCUACGACACUCAAACGUAAGACACAACAAUUACGUCUGAGCUUACUCCGUGAAAAAUGCACGAAUCUUUUAAACUCAGACUCAGAAAAUGUCGGCAUUGAUAAUGUUUGUGAGGAAUCAGAGAUUAAUAAAACAAAUACUGUCCAGAAUAUCAAUGAUGUAAAUAUAAAAACUAGCGAAACAACUCAACGAUCAAAACAGCAUCACGAACAGAAAGCAAGAAGCAACGAAGAUUCAUUGAUUAAAGGAAGCAUCGCGGUUCGUAAAAAGUUACAUUUCUCACACUACGACGAAGUAGAAAAUAUUUUCACGGCACCAGAGCAUCGUGCGAAUCAAUUUGAGAGUUCAAUUGCAUUUGGACAUUUGAUCGACAAAGUACACGCAGAUGCAACUACAUUUUCUUCCAGUAACGACGAAGAUAACGUUCCAAGCAGUCAAUAUACAGAGGUCAGUGACGACACGUCUCCCGAGAGAAAUCACGCGUCGAACAUACGCAACGUAAAAAGUACGUUGAGAAAACUUCAUGACGACGUUAUUCCUGAAACCGAUCUUGACGAGGACGAGGAAGAGGAUGUAUGCAAUACAACGUUUACCCAACGUGUCAGCCAAAAGAUGAAGAGCCAAACCCUUUUAUCGCAAAGAAGUGUUCGAUCGUCACGUGAUGCGUUGAUUACGAUCACUACAAAGUACAAGCCUCCUGAUCCUGAAAAAAUCGAAGAAAGCAUGGCGUUGUAUGGCAUCCCGAAGUGCAGAAUGGAGAAGCCGUUUUUCAGCAACAAACUCGAUCUUGCGAAGCACAAGAAAUCCUCGAGUGCGAACGCUCCGUCCUUCGAUGUGCCUGCAUUUAAAUCAAGCUUGCAGGAUAUCACCAGCAUCAAACUGUGGCGAAGAAUGAAGGUCAACGAAUUUUAUCCAUCCGGUUCGAACAUAAAGACCUGCCACUUGAAACGGACUCUCGCGGGGUAUAAUUUGUUGACGAUUAAACCGCUCGUGACACCACCGUCCUCCAAAGAUGUCAGAAAUUGGGUAAGAGCUAAAGAAUAUUUGUCGAAGAAAGAGCACGACGCCAAAUCGUGCAAAUUGGUGAAGGGAAGGAUGUCACUAAGUGCACAAGAUGUGCCUGAUCCGCCAAUUGAUGUAAAUAAGAACGACGAGUCUCUGCCAGGAACUUCUAAUCAGUUAAUAAGUACUACUUCGAGCAUAGAAAGGUCUGUAUCAUUGCUCAGUGAGACGUCUGAUGACGACCGGAAGUUCGAGCAUACACAAAAUUCUGAUGAUUGCCAGAACUCCGGAGAUACUCUAAAUCCUUCUCUACGAAAGGCGCUGGAAAAUCCGUUAUUAUACAAGCAGAAUGAGAGAGUACAACAUUUCUCAUAUGGCCAAAUUGAAUAUUCAUCAAAAGGAAGCUACGGCAAUGUCUCGAACGAGAAUCUUCAAAAUGUUAGAGCAGUGGCAGCGCACCAAUACUUAACGUUGAUGUCUCUCGAAGUGCACGUCAUCACCCGGGAAGAUCUCCUUCCUGAUCCGCAGUACGACUCUAUCGCUGCGCUAUUUUACGCAAUUCAUAACGACAUCCCAACAGAUGCGGGAGAGCAAACAGAACAUGCCGCUAUAAUUGUGAAUCCUUAUCCCGUAAGCGCGAGACUCAACAAAAUGUAUUCCGCAAGUACAAUGUGCCCAAUACUGUACGUUGCAACGGAGCGGGAUGUGUUUAAUAAUCUCAUGAAACUGAUCGAGCAACAUAACCCGGACGUUCUAUUAGGUUGGGAAGUGGAAUCGUUUUCGUGGGGCUACGUUUUCCAAAGAGCAGCUCACCUCGCCCUUAGCGGCUUUCCGUUAAGAAUUUCGAAAGUGCCUUAUGUACAGAUAUCCUCCAACAAGUCCGAUGCUCAUACGUUUGAGAAAGAUGAUAUGAGUGAAAUCAAAGUGCCUGGUCGCAACAUUCUUGACGUUUGGAGAAUCAUGAGACACGAGGCAGCACUGCUGACGUAUACCUUCGAGAACGUUAUGUAUCAUGUUUUGCACGAGAGAGUUCCGUGUCCUUCCUUCAAAACUCUAUCCACUUGGUGGAAACAUGAAAGCAUAAUAAUAAAGUGCAGAGUUAUACAUCAUUAUGUCAUCAGGAUUCGAGGUACUCUUAAGAUCUUAAGUCAGUUGGAUAUCAUAGGUCGCACAUGUGAAUACGCCCGGCUUUUGGGCAUACAAUUUUACGAGGUCUUCUCGCGGGGUUCACAGUUUCGUGUGGAGUCUAUGAUGCUCAGAUUAGCGAAGCCCAUGAACUACAUACCGAUCUCACCGUCCAUACAUCAAAAAGCCAGAAUGCGAGCGCCAGAGUGUCUUCCAUUGAUCAUGGAACCUGAGUCUAAAUUUUAUAUCGAUCCGUUAAUUGUGCUCGACUUUCAGAGCUUGUAUCCAAGCAUGAUCAUCGCUUACAACUACUGCUUCUCCACGUGUUUAGGCAGAAUCGAACACAUAGGCCAACCCGGACCGUUCGACUUCGGUGCGGCAACAUUGAAGAUGAAAAAGAGUAUGGUGUUGAAACUGCAAGGCAAAUUGAAUUUUUCGCCCUGCGGCGUAGCAUUCGUGAAGAAAGAGGUGCGACAGGGAAUAUUACCGCGUAUGCUGAUGGGAAUCCUAAAUACGCGUCUAAUGGUAAAAGAAUCUAUGAAGCUCCAUCCGGAAGAAAAUCGCACGUUGCAGCGCGUUCUACAUUCGCAGCAACUUGGUCUCAAGUUGAUCGCGAACGUAACCUAUGGCUAUACAUCCGCCAACUUCAGCGGUAGAAUGCCUUGUAUCGAGAUAGCAGAUAGCGUAGUCAGCAAAGGACGAGAGACAUUAGAACGCGCGAUUAAGUUGGUGGAAUCCACUUCAAAAUGGGGCGGUCGAGUGAUUUACGGUGAUACAGACUCCAUGUUCGUGUUGUUACCCGGCAAGUCUCGAGAGGAGGCUUUCGUCAUCGGCGAGGAAAUCGCGGAUGCCGUCACCGCGGCCAAUCCCCCGCCUGUCAAGCUUAAAUUUGAAAAAGUUCUUCAUCCGGCCAUUUUGCAGACGAAAAAACGAUAUUGCGGAUACAUGUACGAGACGUGCAAUCAGGAGAAACCAGAGUUCUUGGCGAAAGGAAUCGAAACGGUUCGCAGAGAUGGAUGCCCCGCCGUUGCUAAGAUACUAGAGAAGUCUCUGAAAAUCCUAUUCGAUACGAAGGAUAUCUCCCUGGUGAAAUCACAUAUUAUCAGGCAGUUCGACAAGAUCCUCCGCCGACGCGUGUCCAUACAGGAUCUCACGUUCGCCAAAGAGUUCCGCGGAAUGCGUGGCUAUAAGGCCAACGCUUGCGUGCCAGCGUUGGAACUGACACGUAGAUUAAUCAGGAAAGAUCCGCGCGCUGUACCACGCACCAGCGAACGGGUGCGCUACGUCAUCAUCGCCGGCGCGCCAAAUCAAACGCUUAUUCAAUGCGUACGCACGCCGAUGGAGGUGCUCACUGACCCAGCGUUAAUGCCGAACUCCGUGUAUUACGUCACAAAAGUCAUCGCACCGCCUCUUAAUCGUUGUUUUAACUUGUUUGGGAUCGACGUUAACACAUGGUAUAAAGAAAUGUGUCACCGCCAAAGUUUCGACAAUAUCGCAUACUUAGGAAGAGACAAUCCGAAAUCCACUAUUCGUCAGUUUUUCCACUCCGUCGCGUGCGUUACUUGCGGAGAGCUGACGAACAAAGAAGUCUGCACAGAAUGCGUUUCGCAGCCAAGCCGGACUAUAGUUGUGCUUCUCGAAAAGAUAUGCAAACUGGAAAGAACUCAUCAACAAAUCGCUAAUAUCUGCCAUUCUUGCAUCGGACGAUUAGGUGACAUAGAAUGCGCAUCCUUGGACUGUCCUGUUCUGUAUCAAAUGGUUCAAGCUCGCAAGGAGCUCGCGCAAGUCCCGUAUCUGAAUAAUAUCAUCAAAGAAAUGACUUAGAGAAAAGAUUACACGACAAUACAAAAAAAAAUCGAUGUAUAUAUAGAUAUGUAAUUCUAGGAAUUGCUUUCGUGGUUGUAGCCGUAUUUUUGAUGGAUUUCUUUCCUCGUUGGUUUUGUUUUGUAAAUAAAUCCACAAAAAACGCGGCUUCAACUAAAACCAAUCAUUCUCAGAAUUAUAUAUUACAUAUUGUCGCGUAAUUCUGAGAAUGGCUUCCGUGUCGGAGACGCAUUUUUUGUGGAUUAAUUUCCUCCUUGAUUUUGUUUUGGAAACAAAUCUACAAGAAACAUGGUUGCAAGCUGAAAGCCAUUCCCAAGACUUCUCCAAAUUAGGCCUCAAGUCUCAAAUAUAUGUAACUAAUAAUAUUUCUAAUAAUAAUUAUUUUAUUUAUAACGUUA